UGUAUGAUGUUUGGUGAAAAACAGCAGGUAGGCAUCCUUCUCUAAUUCCACAACCGGGCAAACCUUCCCGAAUUUUCCCGAAACCAAAAUUUGAGACCUCGAACCCUGCAAAUUUCUCCAAUCAGAUUCGCCGCCGCUCCGAGGGGUGGGAGAUCUCCGUGGACUCAUCGGAAUAAAUCGCGAUGGGAUUCUUGGUGACGACCCUCAUCUUCUUUUUGGUGGGCGUCGUCGCCGCCCUCUUCGUCCGCCUCUGCUGCAACGGCGGCCCCUCCACCAAUCUGUUCCAUUUUACACUGGUUGUCACAGCAGUAGUUUGUUGUUGGAUGAUGUGGGCAAUCGUAUAUCUUGCACAGCUGAAGCCACUGAUUGUUCCUGUCCUUAGUGAAGGAGAGUGAACUUCUUGUCAAAAAAUAAUUGCUAUUUGCUGUCAUUCAGCGUCAUGUCUCAUUUCAGACUGCAGCGCUGCCUGAGAAAAUCUUUGGUGUACGAUUUUAGAUAUUCCUCCCUUUGAGCCAAGGGAAGUGUAUUGCUAGUAAUAAUUUGUAUUGGAGGUAUCUUCACAUACCUGUAUUCAUGUAGUGCGUCGCUGAUCAAAUGAAUGUUGACUUCAAAUGUUCCUACCGAGUUCUUAAAAGGUGGCCAUUUGUUGUUGUUGUUGUUGUUUUAUAAUUUUUGCAAAUGUGAAUUUUGUCCAAGGGUGAAUUGAAUGUGCUCAAAAGGUCUAUAUAUAUUGGGAGUUUUCC